AUGAACGAAUUACAGACUUUUUACAAUGCGAAUUUCCAAGAUGCCGAAGACAUCUGUGACACUGUUGGAGGACAUUUGACUUCAAUCCACAGCUACGCAGAAAAUGUUUUCGUAGCCGAGCUGGCAAGAAUGGGCGUGCCAUGGAGUGAUGAUUACGCUCGUGAACUGACUUGGAUCGGUCUAAGGAGAGAAGGUACACAAAGCAGAAACUGGACCUGGACCGACGGCACAAAAGUUGACUUUCUAGCCUGGACUCAGGGUGCACCAUUUAGCGGAAGGGAUUGUGUGCUGGUAUGA